AUGGCUGCCCGCGAAUUUAGCCUGUCAUUCGAAGCCGCCCCUCCUGCCUCCGUGCGCCCCAGCCAACCAAUCAACCUGGCCGUAUCAGUGCGCCCAGUCGGCACUCCUUCUCCAAGCGUACAUGCCCUCGUACUCAAUGCGUCCCUGCGCAACGAAGCCAGUACCGGCGCCGCGGCAGGGUUAACCGGCAACCUGACAACAAGCAUAGCAACAAGCGGCUCUGCAAGGUUCACCAGCUUAGCAAUUUCGACACCGGGAAAGUACCGACUGCGCGUGAUGCUCGCUACAGCCUCGCCCAAUGGCAUCGUCACCAAAGAAUUUGUUGACUCCGGGAUUAUUACUGUUGCGCCAUAG